UGAUAGGAGCUUAUUGGUCAUUUUCACCAGGAAGUUUGAUGUUUCUGCGAAAAGUGGUAAACAAUAAAGCUUAACUGCCGCCACCUCCAGCAGAUUUUGUAAGAAAACUUUGGGAUAUCCGCUUCUCCUCAAGACAGGGAAAGCUAACUGGCGAUGAAUCUUCAAGUCUCCCUGUGGCUGUUCUUGUUAUUUACAGUUCAACUGACUCGAGGUCAAUUCAAACCCGCUCAGCCUUGCGAUCCUGAUAAGUGCCUGCCACCAAACUGCCGAUGUAGCGAAGAUCGCAGACCUCCCGGAGGAUUGACUCCUGAGAAAACACCGCAGAUUAUCAUGGUCACAUUCGAUGAUGAUUACGAAAAAGAAUAUUUUGACUUAUAUAAUGAACUCCUCGACGAACUACAUAAUCCUAACAACUGCCCUGCUGUAGGAACCUUGUUCGUUUGUCACAACUAUACCGACUACUUCUUAGUGGAAACUGCAUAUUCCAGAGGAUAUGAGAUUUCUGAUCACACAGUGACGCAUCAAGAACCCACCACGUACUGGGAAAACGCAGAUUACACGGAGUGGAAGAACGAGAUUGAUGGGCAAAAAGAGAUUUUGCAUCGAUUUGCCAACGUACCUUACGAUAAAAUAGUCGGAUUUCGAGCUCCAUACCUGAUGUUUACAGAGAACAUGUUCAAAGCGUUGAACACGAGUAAAUUUGGUAAAUUUACUUAUGACCUUUCCUGGCCCUCAAACAUCAUAUUUGAUGGAAAGGGGCCCAUAUACCCUUAUACUUUGGACUACUUGUCAAGUCAGAACUGUCCCUCGGAAGAAGAACCAUGUCCCAAAUUGUCCUACCCAGGACUGUGGGAGGUGCCUAACGUCAACCUUAUGAACAAAGACCACUCGACAUGCGGAUCAAUGAUGGAUGCUUGCGAUCCUGAUGGAAAUGCUACAGUCUGGUUAGAGAUUUUGACGAGAAACUUCCAUUACCAUUACGACACGAACAGAGCACCCUUUGGAAUGCACAUGCAUCCAUCGUUUUUCCUUCGUCCUCCAACAACCGAUCACAUGAAGGCGGCUAAACAGUUUCUCAAAUAUGCCCUGGAUUUGGGAGAUGUUUGGAUCUUAACUCCAUCUCAGAUCAUUGCUUGGAUGAAAGAUCCCCAAGAUGUUGACAAAGCGAAGACCUUCGCGCCCUGGCAGUGUCCGAGCCGCCCCAAACCACGCUGCACUGAAGCAACGUCCAACAAUUGCCACUACACAGAGCCUCAAGAUUUCUACAUGCGCACAUGUACCGAGUGUCCGCCUCAUUUCCCAUCGCCUACUGAUCCCGAUGGCAAUUAAAUUUGAUUAAUCAGAUGAAUGACAAUUAUUUGUAUGAAUCGAAUUUGUAAUUGACCGUCACUGCUUUUGAGUAAUAGGUAUCACCCUCUGAAGUUAAGAUAAUAUAUGUUCAUCGGAAUGUCCGGAUACCGUAUUUCCUCGAGUAAACGCCCAUGCUCUAAUAAGCGCCCUACCCCGAAAAGCGUCACUGCGCCAAUCCCCUAGGCCAUAAUUUGAAAUAAGCACCCCCUCGAGUAACCGCCUCCCCCCCCCCUCCCACACUUUCUUAAGCAGUAGGGAUACAAAAAAAAUUUGUUUCUAUUGCCACUUUAUUUGCAACUUUUUAAGCUUCAACUACGGCGGAAUCAGUACAGGAGAAUAGUUUCUUUUCCGUUCCAGUAAGUUCUAUCUCCAUGUACUUUUAGAGUUCCUUUAUGUGUGAUAUCUCUUUUUUUGAUCUUUGUCCUACUGCUCCCCUAUCAAAAUAAUCACCCCUUCGAUUAAGCGCCCUAACUCCAAUAUGCGUCCCCUACCCCCUUCUUCAAGCGGAGUUUUAAAUUAGCACCCGGGCGCUUAUUCGAGGAGUAGGAUAAUAAGUAUAAUCUUCUGUGACUGAUUAAGUAAUAAAGGAUGAAAAUUCAGCUUAAAUUUCCCUCCAUCUCUUCUUGGUGUUGUGUAUCUCACAACAGAAGUUUCGGUUGAUUUUGUCUUUAAAUUGGCUGAGAUUGGUUUGGUUAUCCACGAAGUUAACUGGAAAGGACUGACUCUUCAUAGCCAUUAAAAUUGAUAUGCUUGAUUUCGAAUGAAAUAAAGCUUAAAAUAACAUGAA